AUGGCCGCCAACUCGUCGGUGGCGAUCUGGCUGGAGGGUGCCGGGCUGGGCCGCCACGUGCCGGCCUUCGAGGGGCUGUCCGAGGAGUCCUUCCUGGGGCUGCUGAUGCAGGACUACGGCAAAUUCGGCGUCACGGACAUGGAGGACAAGCAGCGGCUGUUCAGGCUGAUAAAAGGCGCCAGCGGCGAGCGGCGCGAUCCGGGGGCCGGCGCUGGGCCGUCGGGGCGCGGCGGCGGGCUGGCCUACGGCGGGCAGGCCGGGGGGGCGGGGGCGUACGGCGGGAUGAUCGACCACCAGCCGGACGGGGGCUCGGGGCUGCUGGACCUGGAGGCGGACGACGGCGACCUGCUGAUGACGGCCGCAGGGGACCCUUAUGAUGGUUUCACAUCAACAAGCAAUGGCAUGAGCUACAUGACCACCCCAGACCCCCCCCCAAUGCAGCAGCAACGAAUUCCGCCCCAAAAAAUCACAGUUGUUGUGAGAAAGAGGCCCCUCAACAAGAAGGAAAAGGAGCGAGGAGAGGAUGACAUAAUCGAGGUGGACAUGAACAGCCAGAUUCUGCACGUGAACGAACCUCGUGUGCGUGUGGACCUUGUGCGAUACACGGAACGACACCAGUUCUCCUUCGAUGUGGCGCUGGACGACUGUAUAGAAAACGACCUGGUGUACCAGAUGACAGUGCAGCCCCUGGUGCAGACCAUAUUCUGGGGUGGCAAGGCCACCUGUUUUGCAUAUGGCCAAACAGGCAGCGGCAAGACCUACACGAUGUCGCCCCUGCCGCUGAAGACUGCAGAAGACAUCUUUGCUGCACUGCAGCUCCCUGAGCAUGACAACCUGUUUCUGCAUGUGAGCUGCUUUGAGAUCUACGGCGGGAAGAUUUACGACCUCCUUAAUGGUCGCAAGAAGCUGGAUAUUCGGGAAGAUGGCAAGAAGAAGGUGGUGGUGGUUGGACUGAAGGAAUAUGUGGCUGAUGGGGUGAACUUCAUCGAGCAGCUCAUUGAGCACAGUGCUGCGGCAAGGAGCACAGGCAGCACAGGCGCAAAUGCGGACUCGUCUCGGUCACAUGCAAUCAUGCAGUUUGCCCUGAAGCAGCCCAUAGAUGAGAAUAGGGACAAGCUCGUUGGGAAGAUGUCCUUCAUCGACUUGGCUGGCAGUGAAAGGGGAGCCGACACUUUUGACAAUGACAGACAGACUCGCCUGGAGGGUGCUGAGAUCAACAAGAGCUUGCUUGCACUGAAAGAGUGCAUCAGGGCGCUGGACAGUGACGCUCGUCACGUGCCCUUCCGGGGCUCCAAGCUCACUGCUGUCCUGCGGGACUCCUUCAUAGGGAAGGAGGCAAGGACAGUCAUGAUUGCCAAUAUCUCUCCUAACUCGAUGUCCGUGGAGCACACACUGAACACACUGCGCUACGCAGACAGGGUCAAAGAGCUCCGAAAAGACAAGGGUGACAGGACGAGCAGUCAAGUCACACCAGGAGCCGUGCUGCAGCAACAAUUGUUGCAACAACAGCAGCAGCAACAGCAACAACAAUUGCUGCAGCAACAGCAACUGCAGCAGCAACAGCAACUGCAGCAGCAACAGCAACUGCAGCAGCAGCAACAACAACAGCAGCAGCAACAACAGCAGCAACAGCAACAGCGACUCCCGCUUGCAGAGCCUUUCAUGCGUACCCCCGAACGGACGCCUGAGGCAUACAAUGGGUACCAAUCCACAGCCAGCAGGGCUGAUGUUGGGGAUGGGUACCGAACAGGAAACUCGGUGACUGGUGGUGCCGACACCAGUCUGCGCAACAACCCAUCAGGCAUGGCUGGGCUGGAGAUGGACAAUGGCACGUAUCAAGAGGCCCCGCCACCUGCGGCUGAGACGCAAAACCACCACCAGGCCUUGCAGCCACAACAGCAGCAACCAUCCCGGGAGAGCAGCAUGUAUGGCAGCCUGUAUCACAGGGAGAGCACUGCAAGCCAGAGAGACGAUGCUGCACAGCAGCAGCAGCAGCAGCAGCAGGAGAGGGAGAGCAGGGAGAGGGACAACAAUCCAUUCAUGAAGGAUAGCAAAGAGGCAGGCGGGGGGCUGAGGGAGCAGCGUAUGCAGGAUGCAGAGCUGCUGGCGCAGCGGGAUGAGCUCAUGAAUGCCAUUCUAGAGGAUGAGGAGCAGCUGAUCAGCUCACACCGGGCCCUGAUCGAGGAAUCGAUGGAGGUGGUGAGAAAGGAGAUGACUUUACUGAGCGAGGUGGACCAGCCGGGCAGCGCCAUAGAUCAGUAUGUCGAACAGAUGGACGCCAUCCUGAAUCACAAGAUAGACAUGAUCCAGCAGAUGUCCGGCCGCCUCGAGGCGUUCAAGCAGAAGCUGCGGGAGGAGGAGGUGCUGAGCCGCACCAUUGGAAGGAGGCGCCUGAGGCCUUGA